CUCAAUCUUUUAGAGUGUGGACCCUAAAUUCAAACAAUUAGAGCUCUAACACGCUGUCGUUUUCAAUGGAAUCGGAUUCCCUUAGCUCAAAUAUCAGCUAUUUUGGGCGAAAACUCAGCGAUUUGAAUAUCAAUGAUAAUUCCGCCGCCUUCAGCGACUGUAACAGUGAUAGAUCCGGCGAGUUUCCGACGACGUCUUCUCAGAGCCGCCGCCUGUUACUCGCCUGCGCUUCUGAUAAUUCUGAGGAGUUGAUUUCUCAACUGAUAUUGGACCUCCAGUCCGAUAAUAUAGAUGAUCAAAAACAAGCCGCCAUGGGAAUCAGGUUGCUCGCCAAAAACAAACCGGAGAAUCGGAUAAAAAUUGCAAGAACUGGCGCCAUUAAACCGCUUGUAUCGAUAAUUUCGUCAAAUGAUGCUCAAUUACAGGAAUAUGGAGUCACUGCGAUUCUUAAUUUGUCACUGUGUGAUGAAAAUAAGGAUUUGAUUGCAUCUUCUGGCGCUAUCAACCCCUUAGUCCGCGCGUUGAAAUUGGGAACUUCGACUGCUCGAGAGAACGCGGCUUGCGCUCUGCUUCGGCUCUCCCAGAUCGAAGAGAAUAAAAUCACGAUUGGCCGGUCCGGAGCGAUUCUUCCGCUGGUGAAUUUGCUAGAGAUAGGAAAUUUUCGAGGCAAAAAGGAUGCUUGCACGGCUUUGUAUUCGCUCUGCUCCGUUAAGGAGAACAAAACUAGGGCUGUUCAGGCGGGGAUUAUGAAGUCUCUGGUGGAGUUAAUGGCGGAUUUUGGGUCGAACAUGGUAGACAAAUCGGCUUUUGUUUUAAGCCUAUUGGUAUCAACGCCGGAAGCCAGGGCGGCACUGGUGGAGGAAGGCGGCAUUCCGGUGCUGGUGGAAUUAGUGGAGGUGGGAACCCAACGGCAGAAGGAGAUUGCAGCGUGCAUAUUAUUGCAAUUAUGCGAAGAUAGCUUGAUCUACCGGACAAUGGUGGCCCGCGAAGGAGCGAUUCCGCCUUUGGUCGCCUUGUCGCAGACCGGAACAAGUCGUGCAAAACAGAAGUCAGAAGCACUGAUUGAGGUUUUACGGCAGCCACGAUCCGGGAAUGGCGCUGCAUCUGCAAGAACAUCUAAUGUGUCGGUUUGAUGUGUCCCCGCGUGCCCCCCGUGGGACCCAUCAAUCUUUAUCAGCCAAACCGCAAUGGAAGGCGCAGAAAAUAUGGAGGACGACGAAAAAGGAGGAAAGAGGAUGAGAAAAAGAAUUGUGUCAACUUGUAAAUACUUCUUGUGUUGAAGAAAGGGUUGUAAAUUUCUCCAAACUUUUGGGUUUUGAUAUUGCUACAUUUUCAAUCUUUUGCUUUAUUCGUGUAGAGAUGCUGAUGAAAAUAAUAAUUACAAAAAGAUUUUGCCUA